UUGCACACUCGGUCUCACGGCCCUUAGCUCGGCCGUUCACUAGUGUUAAUAUUUUUACGUUCCAUGGCCGAUUUUUCUUUGAAGUUUUCACUGUUCAAYUGCUUCAAGGUUAACUACUAAUGCUGAAGAGCAGACGAACCCGUGCGGAACUGGAAAUUUUCAUACACAAUCGAUACGAAGACACAUCGCAUUUGAUUUCCAAAGAAUUUUGUAACCGUCAACAGCAAUCACAAAGACAGCAAUCUGCUUGGAGAGAAGACGUAGAUCAUUCUAGAAAUAAUAUACCUGGAGGCUCAGGAUUAGAAACGAAAAUAUCUUYCAAAGAACAAGGACCAGACGGUAAACUCAAUCGGAGUGCUCAACUUAGCUCUGAGGAAAUUGACGUUGUAAACUCCAAUAAAUAUACAGGAUCCUCAGGGAAUUAUGCAAAAUCUAUAGUUUGUUCUAUUCUAUAACCUGAGACGACGGAAAAGAAACACAAUUUUCGUAAAAGUGUGGAUUCAUCCAUAGUCUUUUAUACKUAAGAGACCGUGUAUACAUUUGCGGGGUCCCUGUGUAUCACCCAGUAAGAAAUUUCGAUCGGUCAGGAUGUUUGUUUGAAUAAAGCAGACUAUGAACAGCCCGUCAGGAAAUGUAGAAACUCUGUCUCAUAUCAAAGCAAACCAAGAAAAGUAUGAGAGAGAGAAGAARGAACGCAAUGACAGGUUUGUCAAACUUCAGCAAGAACGUCAAAGAAUCCUUGAUGAACGUGAAAAGAUUCUCAACCGUCUACACGAGGACAAAACAAUCCAAUUCCCUCUUUCCAGGCUAAGCAACAUAAGCACUGGUGCUGUAGUAGACAGAGCAAGAGAAAAAAUUCCAGUGUUUGAGAAAAAAGUCCAAGACAAUGCUGCCAGUAACGAAGUYAAGAAGMGAAUGCUUGCUCAUCCAUAUCGGGGUGAGUUGGGCAUAAGAUCAUAUGAACCCUGGCAGUUGAAAGACUUYUAUUUUGUGCGCGAAUUUGUGCAGUGCUGGAUCGAUGAGGUCUUAACUUAUAUAAUCAUUGACCCUGCAAAUGAUUACAAUGAUGCUACUGCCGCAGAGGACCUUCAAAGACAGCUGAGUAUUGAACAACACAGGCUGGAAGUAUCUGCAUCUAUAAAGGAAGUACAUUCAGACAUUAUUUCAGAAGCAUGURGUGAACUGAUAUCUGACAUUGUUGAAGAGAUUUUGACAAUUAACUAUUGGUCAGAACAAGCAAUUACAAAUAUGAUACUGGGUGGCGUCAUAAAUGAUGAAACAGAUGAAAACACAGCUAUGUUAAUUACCAAUACUUACAAUCAAAUGAAGAAAGAAAGAAAUAGACAUCCAAAUCAAUGGUGCCACAGCCAGCAAUUUGAUUAUAUUGGCAAUGAUACCAUGUUUACAACAGAUAAAGGGGAAGAUACCUUUGAUGGCAAGAUACUUUCAUUUGAUGGGCUCAAUAUAAUUAGUAACAUUCCUAACCAAGGGCUUAAUCAAGAUUUCAAACAUUAUCGACUCUUGGAAUCAAAGUAUUGGUCUGGUAUUAAUGCAAUUUCUUCAACUGUACCUAUUCCCAGACGCUACAAGGGGGUUACUUGUGCMKCACUGUCAUCCGACCACUCAUUGAUAGCUAUCRGCACAUUACAAGGGGACAUCGCAGUUUGGAAUCUCAURGAAUACCCUCCAAGAAUACUGAAAGGUUGCAAAGGCAACUCAGCCAUUUUGCAAAUUCAGUGGUCUUUAAAUGCUAUGCUGAUUGUUACUAUUAACAAACGUGGAAACAUUCAGCUUUGGUCCUUAGGCAAACCUGGAGGUUUAGUUGACAUCAAAGCUUUUGAGCCUGUUUCAAAUGAUGGGUUUGAAUCUACACAACUCAUAAAUGAAGUCACUCUUGAACCUAAAGAUCUGGUAUUCACUCAAGGAAAUCUGGCAUCUGCAAAAAGUACUAUUGAAAGGCCAACAGUUGUGGUCUUUCACCCCACCUUUACUUUUCUUGGCCAACAAGAAUGUCUUGUAGUUGGUCUGACAAAUGGAAAUAUCUUAAAACUCAAUCUUGGUGACAAAACCUCAUUUUCCUUGGCACAGAAAGUAAAACAUAAUGGYGAYGUCAAUCAUAUUGGAAAAGGCAUUGAAGCAGAACUGUUCAAAGCACACAAACAUCCUAUUAAACUAAUUGCUUUUGUUGAUAAUGUAUCUGAAAUGUUAUCAGUGGAUGAGGAAGGUUUCCUAUACCUAUGGGAUUACAAUGAGGAUAACCUGUCAGGAUAUGGAUGGUUUAUUCCAUCAAGUAGUUACAGGCUUGACAUGACUCAGAAAACAUACAAACCUGCUACCGACAGCCAUGAGAAGAUAGAGUUUACAGAUGUUGUAAAGGGUUCUGGAAGAGUUAAGGAACUUAAUCGCCAGGACAUGAUAGCAAAAAGGAAAGAAAUGCAAACACUCAUYAAUUCAUUGCACCUUGGAAAACCAUGGAAAACAAGCAGUGUUGGAAGUCAAAAGGUAAACUACCUGUAUGCACCAAGAAAUGUACCUGAGAGUGGAGCAACUUUCCACUCUGUUACAUACUACCGGGWAAAUAAACUUCUUGCACACUACUCCACCCAAUUAUACCAGCCAAUCACYAUCACUGCCACAAAGCUUAUGACAUGCAAGAUGAAUCCAUUGGGAAAUCAAAUUGUGAUGUCUUUGUUGUUUGAUGAAGUACCUCCAAAGUCACCUCAUGUGMUCUUUGUUACCAUUAAUAUAACAUCCAUGAAGAUUGCUCCAAACCUAGUUGAAGUACCUCUGUCUCCAGCAGAUUAUAAACAAUGUGAGGUCAACGAMUGUUGUGACUUUGAUAUUUCAAGACAAAUUGAUGCUACUGGGUCCCAGUACUUGUUCACCAAUGUUUGUGGAACAGUGGGUGGUUUUUCCAUGUCAACUACUAAUCUCGUAAUGGCAUCAAGCGAGCAAGGCUGGAUUGGAUGUAGUUUGGGUGAUGAAAUGUCUACCACCUUCUCAACGGCUAAAGUUCUUGUUGCCAGUCAAGAAUUAGGACUGUGUAUGGUUUUCUUUGCACCCAAGAUAAAUACAGUCAAUUUACUGCAUAUCAGAGAUGACAACACUGCAGAUAUCAGGAAGAAGGUCUGGCAAGCAUACAAUGCACUCACAAACCCAGAGGAAGGGCUUCAUCCYAGAGAGUGCUUGAGAAAACAUCAAUGGAAACUUGAUGGCGAGACAGCCUGUCACCUUCAGUGUACUAUGGAAAGCCUUGUUCUUGAUAUUAUUGACAAGGCGGUUGACCAAUGUGCUGGUAGUAAUGACACAGAGAGCUCAAAGAACAGGAUUAAGCCAUAUUUGAGACGUAAUGGACAACAACUAAACGAAAACAGUUCUUUACACAAUUAUAGCCGUCAGUCAUAUAAUAGGUGAAGCGAAGAAAAUGAAGUUUUAYAUAUAUUUUUGGUUAAUGCAUUAUUUAAAAUAAUUUCUGCUUUAUUUAUUACAUUUGGUAUAAAAUAGAAAGUUAAUGUGUGGAACAGAAAGAAAUCCUUAGUAAAAAGCUUCAGAGUACUUGACUAUUUCAUUAAAUAAACAAUUCUGAUCUGCAAUAAUCUUAAAAAAGAUAUAAAUAUUCCAAAGCUUUGCUAGCCAUUGAUGUUUUACAGACUGGCACAGGUACGCUCCACUUUGAUUACAAUGUGUACAAAGUAUUUUCAGGUAAUCUAUGAAAAAACACACACAAUUCUGCACUAAAUCUGCAAAACCAUGAAUAACAAAAAGGUAAGGUUAGUUCAAUUUCAUUGUAUUUAAUACAUUCAAUCCUUCCRGAGGUUCACAAUGUGCAUGUAGUGCAAGAGUAUGCCAAUGUUUCCACCAAAUUUAAGAAAUCAUUUUAGGCUCUUCAACAUAGUCUCCUCACAGCCGUGUUUAGUCUCGGUCAUGCGUCACGCAACCUCUCACGUGACCGAAACUAAACACGGCUGCGAGGAGACUACUUUCAGGCAAUCAUUUCCGUUUAAUGUGCACAAUAAUUUCCUCAUGCAUUUUAAUUUCCAUCGUGUUUUUUAGUUUCGCUCAUGCACUGACAGAUAUACAUUGAUCUGUCUCAUGAUGCUAGUCUCAUGCUUAUGCGACAAGACCAAAAAGGACUACUGGUUUAAAUUAACAUGCAUAAUUAAUUAUUCUCUAUCUUGAUAACAACUGCACAAAUUAAUAAAAAAUAAAACUCA